GUUUGGCCCUGUUGCGACCGCGGACAGACAGAAGCAAGUGGACCGGUUUGAAGCUAAGCUAAUUCAGUCAAAUUACAUUAAGUUAAUUUAGCUUUUUUCACUGAUUUCAUUUACAGCAAACGCGCUUAUCUGUUUUCGAAAAAUCAAAGCUAUCUGUAAAUAGUUGAACCGAUAGGCUAACGAGAAGAAUUGGGCGUUUAUCUUAAUAAACCGCUUCUGUCCUGCUAGCUUAAUUGGCAGCGGGUAGGCGCCACUUCUGUUUGACAACAGCGCUAUUCCGUCACGUUCCCGGUGUUGUUUGUAGCGGCUCGGCGAACUAGCUUCCGUUAGUCACGAAGGAAAUCGCUCAGAGAUUUUUUAACAAUAAAAAUAAAGUUAGAAUGGCAGAAUUCCUCGAAGAUCCGUCAGUUCUCACGAAAGACAAGCUGAAAAACGAGCUUACGGCAAACAAUGUGCCCCUUCCGAGCGGAGAGCAUAAAAAAGAAGCGUAUGUGCAGCUGUAUCUGAAGAACCUGACCGUACUGAACAACAAGAAGACCCCACCUGCAGACACCUUCUCCAGCGAUGAAGAGUUACCUGCCCCGGUGGUGUCAAACAAAAGUCGCUCCGGAAGGAAAGCUACCAGAAAGACAGACAAGCCUCGCGCGGAGGAAGUGGAGGUGACAGAUCUGACUGAUGAAGACUUAAAACAGCAGCUGGCAAAGCAUGGUGUGGACGUAGGACCCAUUGUUGCCUCUACCCGUAAGGUGUAUGAGAAGAGGCUGCAGAAGCUUUUGGACCAGCCUCCAGCUGAACCCAAAGCUCCUACUGUCACAACUCUCCCCAAGGCAGACAGUAAUCAGAACGGCAACACAAACUCCGACCAGUACAGCGACAAAGAAGACGAGGAGGUCCCUGCCCCUGAACCAGAGCCAGUUCCUGUGGUAGAGAAGUCUGUGAGGAGCAGAGGAAAAGCUCCUGUCACUGUCAGAACCAGCAGCAAACGGCAGACAAAGGUGGUGGAGGAAAUUCCUGAAGAAACCCCUAAAAAGGCCACUGAGAGUGUGGUUGAAGAUAUCCUUGCCAAUGAAAUAAGCACACCAACCGGCAUCAGUGCGACCUGCAGGCGUCCAAUCAGAGGGGCAGCUGGUCGGCCUUUAAAACCAAGUGAGUACUGGCUGGAUGAGUCCCGCGUGAAGACCGAUGUCCACACCGAAUACAACUUGUAUUCUGAGUCUCUGUCCCGGCCGAGCUUCACAGUCUCCCCAAACGCAGCACCAGUUCGACGAAGCUUCCUGCCCCUGCUGCUCAAGCUCCUGCUCCUUGUGGUGGUGUGCGCUUCUCUGUUCUUUGUCUACCAGAACCUGGACGCCGAUCAGAUCAAUACCCUCAAAGGCCUCUCUGACAGCGUCGUCGUCCCGGUCCAAAGCGCCGUGGACAAAGUCGCCACCUACCUGGGCAUCAGCGGCAGCGGUGUCACAGAGGGCAUCCCAAGUAAAGACCAUCAGCAGCCCCUCGCCAUAUCCACAGCACCUCCCUGCCGCCCACCACAGCACACCACAACUCAAGCAGUAAACCUUGCUCACCUCUUUUCCUCCAUGUGUGGACAGAUUUAAUUGGAACGAUUAAAAAUUGUCCUCUCUGGACUCUGACUUUCCUCCUGCCACAAGAGGGAGGUAUAUUCAAACAGUAGCUUCUGGAUAACACUGUUUGUGGCAGUCAGAAGAGACUAAUUUUAAUGUUGAUUUUAAUCUGUGAAUUGUUUGUGUCUUUGUGUGUAUUAUAACCCUCAUAUGUAGAAAUGAGUGCAGAACGGAGAGGCCAUUUUUAUCCGUGCAUGGUUGUAGUUUUUAAAGGUCAUACUGUAGUUUGUUUUUUUUCCGACGCCGUGUGCCAGGUGUUUUCUGACGGUGAAGUGCCUGGACACUAUUAGCACUUAGUGCCCUCCCGUACAUCUACAUAUAUAUAAUUUUCUUUUUUCUUUUUAUCCCCAAGCACAGAGCAGCGCUUAUACUAACACCAGAAUGUCUACACCCGUGUUUCUUUAUCAAAUAGGGACGCACUCAUGUAUCGAAUGGUGUUGGUUGUUACUGGCCUUGUUAACUGAUCAGCUUAUUGGCAAAUAUGAUGACAUUUCAUUGGCAUUGGGGGAGGGGGUUAUUUGUUGUGUGUCAUCUGUUUUGUGCUAAAUGUUCACAGAUGGUUUGAUAAAAUGAUAUUUAGUUAAUAUGAUGAUGAUUUAUGUGUUUCCCUGCCACAAAAGAGGAAUAUAAAAACAAGAUAAAUAAAAGCCAGCAUUAGCUUUAGGCCGUACUGUCACUGUAAGCAUCGCUGUCAGGCCAAAUUUUCACAAUCAGUGCGUCAUUGGUAUCAAUUUCAACAUUUUCUCUCCAGCUAUAGUGUUAAGUAGAAUAUUUGAUUUAUUUCUAUGGUGCUCAGGUUGAUUCAGCUCAAACGUUUUUCAUGUGGUCUGUGUUGGGAGGAGGCGUGGUGUAAUCAGGUCACAUCACUGCAUGAGGAAAAUCGGCCCACGUUCAAGCAUGAAUUAG